GGUAAACAUUGGCGUCACUUCUAGCGACCUCAGUUAACCAAUCACAGCUGGUUUUGUGUCCCGGCCGUCCUGAGAGACGCUGAUUGGCUGCUGGGACUGCCACUCACGCACAGCGUGCUGAGCAGACCUUGGAGACAGGUAGCGGAGGGGGCGGGGUUAGCGGCCAGUGAUGGGAGUGUAAGAAGCGGGCUGCACGCAGGUGAGUUGGGUUAGCCAGCUCGGGCUCAGUGAGUGUCAGUGGCUGACUGGCUAUUGUGAUCGUUAUUAUUAUUAUUCCCUGAAUCAUCAUUCAGGUCUCAGGAGAGAGGGAGGAUCAGUAAGGGUUAAACUGCUCUGUAUGACUUCCGGGUUACCAUGUGACCUGCAUGGGCUCACUGUCAGGGUCACACAGCCCACUAUCACCCCACGGGCUCACUGUCAGGGUCACACAGCCCACUAUCACCCCACGGACUCACUGUCAGGGUCACACAGCCCACUAUCACCCCACGGACUCACUGUCAGGCUCACACAGCCCGCUAUCACCCCACGGGCUCACUGUCAGGCUCACACAGCCCACCAUCACCCCACGGGCUCACUGUCAGGGUCACACAGCCCACUAUCACCCCACGGGCUCACUGUCAGGCUCACACAGCCCACCAUCACCCCACGGGCUCACUGUCAGGCUCACACAGCCCACCAUCACCCCAUCACCCCACGGGCUCACUGUCAGGGUCACACAGCCCACUAUCACCCCACGGGCUCACUGUCAGGCUCACACAGCCCACCAUCACCCCACGGGCCCACUGUCAGGCUCACACAGCCCACUAUCACCCCAUCACCCCACGGGCUCACUGUCAGGGUCACACAGCCCGCCAUCACCUGGGCUCACUGUCAGGGUCACAUAGCCCACUAUCACCCCACGGGCUCACUGUCAGGGUCACACAGCCCGCUAUCACCCCACGGGCUCACUGUCAGGGUCACACAGCCCACUAUCACCCCACGGGCUCGCUGUCAGGGUCACAAAGCCCACUAUCACCCCACGGGCUCGCUGUCAGGGUCACAUAGCCCACUAUCACCCCACGGGCUCACUGUCAGGGUCACACAGCCCGCUAUCACCCCACGGGCUCACUGUCAGGGUCACACAGCCCACUAUCACCCCACGGGCUCGCUGUCAGGGUCACACAGCCCACUAUCACCCCACGGGCUCGCUGUCAGGGUCACACAGCCCACUAUCAUCCCACGGGCUCACUGUCAGGGUCACACAGCCCGCUAUCACCCCACGGGCUCACUGUCACCCCACAGGCUCACUGUCAGGGUCACACAGCCCACUGUCACCCCACGGGCUCACUGUCACCCCACAGGCUCACUGUCAGGGUCACACAGCCCACUGUCACCCCACGGGCUCACUGUCAGGGUCACACAGCCCACUAUCACCCCACGGGCUCACUGUCAGGGUCAUACAGCCCACUAUCACCCCACGGGCUCGCUGUCAGGGUCACACAGCCCACUAUCACCCCACGGGCUCACUGUCACCCCACAGGCUCACUGUCAGGGUCACACAGCCCACUAUCACCCCACGGGCUCACUGUCAGGGUCAUACAGCCCACUAUCACCCCACGGGCUCACUGUCACCCCACGGGCUCGCUGUCAGGGUCACACAGCCCACUAUCACCCCACGGGCUCACUGUCACCCCACAGGCUCACUGUCAGGGUCACAUAGCCCACUAUCACCCCACGGGCUCACUGUCAGGGUCACACAGCCCGCUAUCACCCCACGGGCUCACUGUCAGGGUCACACAGCCCACUAUCACCCCACGGGCUCGCUGUCAGGGUCACAAAGCCCACUAUCACCCCACGGGCUCGCUGUCAGGGUCACACAGCCCGCUAUCACCCCACGGGCUCGCUGUCAGGGUCACACAGCCCGCUGUCACCCCACGGGCUCGCUGUCAGGGUCACACAGCCCACUAUCACCCCACGGGCUCGCUGUCAGGGUCACACAGCCCACCAUCACCCCACGAGCUCACUGUCACCCCACGGGCUCACUGUCAGGGUCACACAGCCCGCUAUCACCCCACGGGCUCACUGUCAGGGUCACACAGCCCACCAUCACCCCACGGGCUCGCUGUCAGGGUCACACAGCCUACUAUCACCUCCCACGGGCUCGCUGUCAGUCACACAGCUCGCUAUCACCCUAUACGGGCUCGCUGUCAGGGUCACACAGCCCGCUGUCACUCCCAUGGGCUCGCUGUCACCCCACGGGCUCGCUGUCAGGGUCACACAGCCCGCUAUCACCCCACGGGCUCGCUGUCACCCCACGGGCUCGCUGUCAGGGUCACACAGCCCGCUAUCAUCCCACGGGCUCACUGUCAGGGUCGCACAGCCCGCUAUCACCCCACGGGCUCACUGUCAGGGUCACACAGCCCACUAUCACCCCACGGGCUCACUGUCAGGAUCAUACAGCCCACUAUCACCCCAUGGGCUCACUGUCAGGGUCAUACAGCCCACUAUCACCCCAUGGGCUUACUGUCAGGGUCAUAUGGCCCAAUAUUACCCCAUGGGGUCAGGGUCACAGUGUUACCACAGCUAUGGAUAGCCUGUUCUUGAGCCCUCCAGUUUUGAAAACUUGUUUCCGCUGAUACUCCGCCAUCAUGGGAAUCAUAGAGCAAUGUUACAGUUUCUCAUGUCUAGAAAGGGGUCACUGGCAGCUCCUCUGGAUAUUAAAUUCUGCAAAUGUAAAGGGUCUCACAUGUACACUGAUUACUGAGAGCAGUGUCAGAGUCAUAAAACUAGUAGAAAAUAACCUAACUUGCACACCCCAUGAAGGAAAUGUUGGGGAAAGAGCCCUUUGACGUCAGAGGCAAAUGGUGGCAGCCCUAAAGCAGCAGCAAAUUGUGCAGAUCAUUGCACUUCCAACAAGUGGAACCAUCAACUAUUGCCUAGCAAUAAAUACUAGAGAUUAAAAAAAAAGAACUGUCCAGCACACCUUAUUGUGAAAAAAUGAUAUCCCUUUAUUGGAAAAACAGCAUUGUGUCGACUGUGUGUUUUUAUGAAGCCAUUCCUUGACUAGGACACACGGAGCCAGAGUCAUUGCACCAUUUCAUGUUAACAUUAAUAAUAGUAAUACAUAUUUGAAAGUAAAGGGUUGCUGACGUGUUCCUUAGCCAUACAUGGCAGGUGUGGGUUGACAAGUCGUGGGCCCUGCUACCCUCUCCCAUACCCUCUGCAAAGGGAUAAAUAUGAUAAAAUAUAGGGACCGACAGAAAGCAGCCUUUGGCAUUGCAGGUUCUGAAGCUCUGGUGCAAACACUUGCAAGUCUUUUCACAUCAGCACACUAUAGUUGCAGAUAGCCGAGAAAUUAAUUGCCGGCUCUCCAAUUACUACAGCUUUAAAGUAGAGCUCCUCUUCAAUGCUCCAUUUUAGCAGUAUGACAAAUUAUGGAUUUGGUACCCUGACACCAUAACCACUUCAAUAAGCUAAAGUGGUUAUUCUGCUUUGAGUUUCCCUCUGCCUUUUAAAUCAGGGGUCAUGUUAUAAAAGUGUCCUCUGCAUGUGCUGCUACCCUGUUUAUUCUCUGAGAUAAAGUAGGAUUGGUUUAAGGCUGGACUAAUAGCAAAGGACUAGACAAUCUUAGCCCUACAUUAAUCAUAGUCAAUUAUGUUUGUGUGUGGUGCAUUAAAGCCUAUGGGUACUUUAGACUGAAAAUGUGCUAUAGUUCUAAUUAAUUAAUAAAUAGAUUUAGGUCUAUUUACUUAACUGGAAAUUUAUUAAGAAUUGGUAGGGAAUUUUAGCAUAAUGUUUUUUCCCAUCUCUGCCACUUUGACAUAAAGGAACACUAUAGUCACCUAAAUUACUUUAGCUAAAUAAAGCAGUUUUAGUGUAUAGAUCAUUCCCCUGCAAUUUCACUGCUCAAUUCACUGUCAUUUAGGAGUUAAAUCACUUUGUUUCUGUUUAUGCAGCCCUAGCCACACCUCCCCUGGCUAUGAUUGACAGAGCCUGCAUGAAAAAAAAACUGGUUUCACUUUCAAACAGAUGUAAUUUACCUUAAAUAAUUGUAUCUCAAUCUCUAAAUUGAACUUUAAUCACAUAAAGGAGGCUCUUGCAGGGUCUAGCAAGCUAUUAACAUAGCAGGGGAUAAGAAAAUCUUAAUUAAACAGAACUUGCAAUAAAGAAAGCAUAAAUAGGGCUCUCUUUACAGGAAGUGUUUAUGGAAGGCUGUGCAAGUCACAUGCAGGGAGGUGUGACUAGGGCUCAUAAACAAAGGGAUUUAACUCCUAAAUGGCAGAGGAUUGAGCAGUAAAGCUGCAGGGGCAUGUUCUAUACACCAAAACGGCUUCAUUAAGCUAAAGUUGUUCAUGUGACUAUAGUGUCCCUUUAAAUUUGAAAUUCCCUUGUCAGUUCUCUGCUGUUCCUGGUAUAGUGCACAUAAGUGAUAAUGUUAUUUGAAGUGUUCAUUAAAGGACCACUAUAGGCACCCAGACCACUUCAGCUUAACAAAGUGGUCUGGGUGCCAGGUCCAUCUAGGAUUAACCCUUUCUGCCGUAAACAUAGAAGUUUCAGAGAAACUGCUAUGUUUACCUACUGGUUAAUCCAGCCUCUAGUGGCUGUCUCAUUGACAGCCGCUAGAGGCUUUUCUGCGCUUCUCACUGUGAUUUUCACAGUGAGAAGAUGCCAGCGUCCAUAGGAAAGCAUUGAGAAUGCUUUCCUGUGGACUGGCUGAAUGCGUGCGUGGCUUUUGCUGCGCAUGCGCAUUCAGCCGAUGUCGGGGAAAGGAGGCGGAGAGUCCCCACCGCUGAGGGAGCCUGGCACUGGAGAAAAGGUAUGUGUUUAACCCCUUCCUCACCCUAGAGCCUGGCGGGAGUGGGACCCUAAGGGUGGGGGGGACCUAGAGACCCUAUAGUGCCAGGAAAACGAGUAUGUUUUCCUGGCACUAUUGUGGUCCUUUAAAUUUCCUUAAAAUUCCAACACAGUCCACAUGAGUAUUUCAUAAAGUGCCACUUGUUCAUAUAGUCCAUUGUUCUGUGUAAUUAACUGUGAAUUGCAAGUUUAAAAUAGUACUAAUCGUAUGGAUGCUGUGAAUAGCAUGAAUUAUAAUUAUAUGCUGAUUGAUGAGAUUUAUUUAUUUUCAGAUGUAAACUGAAAUUAAUGGACACAUGACAGUCUUAACAGAAAUUAUUAUUAACUGGUAAAGUAAGUGCUACCAAAUUGUUCCAUGCAUCCCUAUAGAACAUUUAUAGAUGGUUAUACAUUUAGUUUCUGAAUGAGACUUCGGCAUGAUACUUGAUACAUUACGUAGGAGUUUUUACACUAGGCCAGUGUAGCUGAGAUGGAAAAAUGACUGUCAUUUUUUCGGUUUAGCUAUAUUAUCCUAAAUGUCCAACUGCCUUGUCAGUUCUGCACAAUUACCAGUUUAGAUAAUACAACUGUGUGUGUUACACGUUACAAGAGAAAUCCUAUGGCUAUGGAAUUAAAGGGUUACUAUAGGCACCAGAACAACUUUAGCUUAAUGACGCUGUUUUGCUGUAUAGAUCAUGCCCCUGCAGUCUCACUGCUCAAUUCUUGGCCAUUUAGGAGUUAAAUCACUUUGUUUAUACAACCCUAGACACCCCUCCCUGCAUGUGACUUGCACAGCCUUCCUAAACUCUUCCUGUAAAGAUUCAGCUUAAAGUUAGUUACAUCAGCUUGAAAAUGAAACUAUUUUGUUUUCAUUCAGGUUGUGCCAAUCACAGCCAGGGGAGGUAUGACUACGGCUGAAUAAGCAGGAACAAAAGUGAUUUAACUCUUAAAUGGCAGUGAAUUGAGCAGUAAAACUAAAGAGGUAUAAUCUAUAUACCCAAACUGCUUCAUUAAGCUAAAGUUGUUUUGGUGACUAUAGUAUCCCUUUAAGGGCUAGAUUUCAUAUUUUUGUAUUAGCUUUUCAAAUAAUUUAAAGGAGCACUAUAGUGCCAGGAAAACAAAUUUGUUUUCCUGGCACUAUAGGGUCUUUGGGUCCCCCACUCCCGAUGGGCUGAAGGGGUUAAAUUCUUACCUUUCUCCAGCGCCGGGCACUGGUGAACUCUCCUCCCUCUUCCAAGGGGUAAUUGAGCUAUGCUGGAGGUCCUCACACAGGAAGUGCCCUCUAAUGGCUGUCUAGUUGACAGCCACUAGAGAAGGAGUUAACCCUACAAGGUAAUUAUUGCAGUUUAUAAAAACUGCAAUAAUUACACUUGCAGGGUUAAGGGUAGUGGGAGUUGGCACCCAGACCACUCCAACGGGCAGAAGUGAUCUGGGUGCCUGGAGAGUCCCUUUAAGGCCUAUAUUCCUCAAGCACUUAUGUGGCCUAGUCUGUAAAUUUCAUUGUACUGUUACUUGGGGCAGUAUUUUUCUUGUGCAGUCCAUUACUAUGUCUACGUGAUGUGGGUCAGGUAACCCUAGCUGAGGACAGCCUGCGUACUUGAGUAUAGAUCUGAUGCAAAGGGAAGGUGUCAGAAAUCUUCAGCUUAGCACGGAUGAGUAAGUGCGUGGUUCUGACGUUUUGGUAGAUUCAUUAAUGCUCAAAUGUCUAUAUCACUUAAACUGAUCUGUUAUUGACACCCGAGAUCUGGUACAUUUAUGGUACUAAGUUUAUGUUUUUAAAUAGCUGGGGAAACCCAGGUAAGAGAUGUUUGUAUCUGCAAUGCUCUGUUGGUGCCUGGUUGUUAUUUUAAUCGGGCAAGUGGAGAAAAUGAAUGCCUAGUACAGGGCUGUAUUGGGCCGCAAGGCUACAGUCUGCAGUCUUCCCUAAAUACGGUACUGCCUGAUGUAUGAAAGGUACAAUGUUUGCUGAUACCUUACAUUUUAGAAUCUUCAUACAGAUUUGUAUGGAUUUUACAUUUCUUACGCCAAAGGUUACCUUAAAGAAUUUUCAAUUAAUAAAGUCACAAAAAAUGUCCUUUGUCUUAUUGAAGUACAUAGGAAUCUACGGGUUAGAUAGGUGGACUGAGCGGAGGACUAAGGGGAUUUUAGAUAUAGUACACCAAUCAAACAGCCUGGGAGUUUAGUUUUGCUUCCGUUAGGUUUACUGAGCUAAGAGAAGCAACAGGCACCCUUGACUAGAGCAACCUGCUAACACAAUUGGUCAGUCCAUCGGCACAGACUGAAAUUAUGUGCUGGGGAAAGAGGGGACAGCUUGUUGUAACUGCAGAUACUAUAUCUACAGCUAUUUCAAGAUGAUUUUUCAUAUGCCCUCAUCAAAAUGUGCAAAAGAAAACACAUGCAUAUUUUACUUUGGGGGUAUAGCUACAAAAUUUGCCAAAAAAUUGUUUUCUUUAAAAUUAGUCCAGUUCAUUAUUCAGACCUCCCCAGGAGGUACGUUUCUUUUAAAGACCAGUUUUUUUUUUAAUCGUGAGUUACUGAUUGGCUGAGAGCGUCAGCCGACCAUUCAGCAAUUCAGCGGCGCCAAUGCCCGAUUAUGCAAGAGCCUUCUGGUUUCCCGAUUUUGAGAAAAUGGAAGGACAGGGAGAUUCGGUGCUGGAACACAGACUUUAGAGUUAAACCAGAUGAGAACGGUAAGCCAGUGCCAGGGACAUCCUUGUACCAUAGCAACUUAAUUUUAAUGAAGUUGUUAUGGUGCCCUGCAUGUUCUUUUAAUGUUUUACCAUACAUUACCUUGUUGUUCAUCUACAUGUGAAUCUUGCAAACUUUGUCUGCCACAUAUUAAGGUUAUUCGGUGCUUCUAAGAAGUAGUUUUAGAAUGUAAGCUUGUUCGGGCCGGGCUGUCUUCACCUUCUGGUUCUCAUAUGCCAAACAUGUUUUGUUAGAAAUAAAUGCUUUUCUUGUUUAUUAGUGUACAACGCCUCAGAAUAUGUUGGUGCUUUAUGAAUAAUUGUAAUUGUAGACAUUCUAGGAAGGGUUUCUAUGCACAAAACCAGUAUGAUAAAACCACAGGAGGAGAAAAUGCAACAUUAAAAUAACCAUAUCAUGCUAGAUUCACCCUUAAAAGCUGUAUCAAUUGAAUUGGAGUUCAGAAAUGGUGUCAGUUUUUAAUCAAAACCUUACCCCUGUCUGUAAUUCCAUAUAUUUAGUCUAAUCCUUAACCCUUUACCUCAACCAUAAACCAAAAGCACUGAUUCAUUUAAUAAAAUAGGUUGCUUACACAUAAUGAGUCAGAUUAUAUAUUCUACCCAUUUUGUUUUCUGCCUUAUUUGCAUUCGACCAUUUAAAGAUCACAUUUACUUAUAGCAAUGAAAUAAAGAAAAAAGACUAAUCAUCGCCUGACUACAUCUGCUUCUUUUUCCUUUAGGAUCUUUUACACUCUAUCAUGGACGAAACAGAGCUACGGAGGAUGUCAGUGGGCCACGGUUUCGGUGUACUGGCUGUGGUUUUGUCUCUAUGCAUUCCACCCCUGUUCCUAGAUGACUUUUCGCUUUUAGGAACACAUGUGAUGUGGCUUUGUGUCUGCUCUGCUUUUGUCAUCGCUGUCAACAUAAUCCUACUUCUGACAUUAAAGCCAAACCCUUCAUAUAAAAGAACUUCAUUUGGAAGUAAAGUAAGCACUUAUUGCCACGUACAACCAAUGCAAUAUUUGUUAGCUGUAGGUAGCCAGCACAAAAUAAUUACCUAUAGGAACACUAUAGCAUUAGGAAUACAAAACUAUAUUCCUAAUGCUCUAGUGUUGCUCUGCCCUAAACUGUAGCCCUAAUGCUCUAAUGUCUCUCUGUGCACCCUCCCCGCCAAGUAAAGGAUAAAAAAAUCCUUUAAACACUUACCUGAUUCCAGCGCCGAGGACUUCAGGAGCUGGCACCUUCUUGGCCUCCUCCAAUGCCAGUAAUGGAGGGGAUCUAUUGCUCAAACGGGCAUCUUGCGCAUUAGGCUUUCCACAUAGGAAAGCAUUAAUUUGAAGAUGCUGGGCAUCCUCAUGCAAAGCUUGAUUACAUCCAGUGUCCUUUCACGGAGCAGAAAGUGCCUCCAGUGGUUGUCUGGUAGUUUCUCUGAAACAGCAAUGUUUUAAUUGCAGGGCUAAGAGGACAGGAACACUGCAACCAGAGCAGUUCAAUGAGACAAAGUGGUCUGGGUGCCUGUAGUGUCUCUUCAUUUUAGGUAAAAUGUAUCAUAAUAUCACAUAUAUGUGCAUACGUGCGUUAGAAGAUGUGGAAAUGGUGUGUAAUGCUUCAAGAUAACUCAUGGAUUAUUAAGGAGAACUUAUUGGUAAUUAUGACGCUCUCAGCCGGCUAUCGGCGAAUGAUGCUUAUCACAGCUUUCCUUCUCUGCUCAAUAUGGCUGCGGAGAAGAGAAAAAUCAAUGCAGAUUGGUGCAAUUAGUAUGAUGGCACUCAAGGACUCGAGCCUUCAAAACAACUUGAUUGAGAUGAAGUUAUUUUUCAGGUUAAAAGUCCCUUUAAAUUCUAUUUUUUUUUUUUUUGUACUGAUUUUGUUGGGUAUGACUGCGUGUUCCCACAAACUCCUGGUUCAGUCACAGUCCAGGAUCGUGAAUUAUAAAAUAUUGAAGUGUGCAAAAUUAUAUUCUUGAAAAAUGUUAGCCACCCAAGCCCUGGAAUUAACUAUUAAACCUAUGAAAAAACUUAGCCCGCUUCAGUGUAAGAAAGACUAGGAAAUACAGUUUAAAUAAAGAGUUGUAGCUACAUAUGGAAUUGCCUCUUGACAGACUAUAUAGUGAAUCUCAAGAAAGCCUGGGUAAGGUGCUUUACUGUCUUAAACAUGAAAUCCUAUUUUGAGUAGGAAAAGGGGGGGUCUCGUUCGGCCAGUUGACUUGCAUACGUAGUCAAACCUUGUGUUCCUAUGAGCAAAUUCAGUGUAAAUUUUGUAGCUUGGUUUUCAUUUUACCACAUGUUAUCCAUGUAUUGAGGUGUAGAAGUUAUAUUUAGUUUUUCAUCAAUAAAAUAAAAUUCAGUUUUUACCCUGCCUGAAAUUUCACCUGUGAACCUGCAGUUUGACUAGAUGUUAUAAAUCAUGUUUGUUUUUAGUACCGCCAUUAAUUAGGUACAAUGUUUAUUUGUGUGCUGUAUCUUUAAUUCUAUGGACUUUUUUGUUUUGUUUUGUUUUUUUAGGUAAAUAAAUUUUCAAAAUCCUGCAUAUACUUUUUCAUUUCAUGUUUGGUGUUUCAUGCGGUCGUAUUUUUGUAUGGUGCCCCUCUUUUAGAGUAAGUAUUCAAGCAAACUGUGUCUUUAUAUUUGUAUAAUGCAAUGCUUUGUCCUUGAUUAAUUUUCAUGGUGGUUUCUGGGUCAUUAAUGUAACAUUUGUUUUAUUUUUUCUUAAAUACGUAUAGUUCUAUUUUUUUUUUUAUAUAUCUCUGCAACAUACAUUAUUCUUUUGAUAACACACUGUGAAAUCUUAUACAUCUACCUUUUUAAAGUCAUGUGUCAUACAGUUAGAUUCUGCAUGUUUUUUACUUAACAUAACAGUUUAUACUAAAUAGAGUACGAAAAGAUAAAAACCAAAAACGAACACUACUAACGUUCAGUUGGUCAACUUGUGCAUACAAAUGUGACAGCUAUGCUUUAAAGGGAGACUCUGGAAAUCUCUGGGAAAACUUCCCCCUAGUUUAAAUACAUUAUAUAAAUAAUAUAAAUAAUGUAUUACAAAAAUAAAAAUAUACUCGUGUCUUAAUGUUCCCUGCAGACGCAUUUUUUCAUUGUAUGCGUGGGGCUACCGAUUAUACUGCCUUUCCUCUAUUUUGCACAUACCCUGGUUUACUAAUACUUAGAGCCACAGUCGGCUCUGUGUCUCUACGGGAGCUGAGAGAUAGAUCAGUCCAAACUGUACAUAGAGUGUACACGUGCACAGCUUAGACAAAAUCGAAAUUGAACAGCUGGAAGUGAGCUUAUUGACAGCCCCGACAGACUGACUCUGUAAUAACAUUUAUUUUUAUUUUUUUACAAAUGUAUCUGCACUAUCAACUUUGCAAUAAUGCAAAUCUGUGAUGGUGCUUAGACCGACUGUUUUUAGGUAUGCAAGAGAGAGUAUUCACCUGUGGUUUAUUAAAGGGUACCUGUGGUGACAUAACACUGUCCAUUAAAGUUGAAUUUUCGCAAACCAGCUCUUAAAUCCUCAGCCAAUUUAAGAGUCCUCAGCAAGCUGACUGAUAGCGUUUAGUUAAAGUGGGAGGAGGUUUAUACAGCCUGACACACACACAUUGUACAUCAUAACUCUGGACACAUGUUCCCAUGCUGCUGGUACGGGCGCAGUCAUCAUCGUUAGAAUGCUGAGCAUCAUGCAUCCACGGCAUUACAAAGGAAAAUGCCCAGACUCAUAAAUCAUGUGAUAACAUAAAAAGAUGGCAUGUAUUUUGAGCCAAUAUUGCAUUCUUCGGGUUCUUGAUUCAUCCAUAAAUCACAAAACAAUAUACCAUGUCUCUAGACCAUCAUGAUCGUAUUUUCUUCCCAUAAUGUAUGCUUCAUUGCUCUAUAUAAUACAAUGUACUACAGUUUAGAUCAGAAGGAUUUAUGUGUUACAAAUCACACUCAUCUUGUGAUGCUCUUAGCCAAUCAAAAAUGUGCAAAGUUUUUAAACCAGAAGCACCAAGAGGUCCUGACAGAGCCAGGUAAGUGUCAGACAAUUUGUACACAGUAUGACGGCUUACUUUGGUAGGAUCCAGGAGCUUUCUUGCACCAUAACCUCGAUAUCUCACUGCAGUGGUUAUGGCACAUUUAUUGUCCUUUUUUCCCAACUUAUCGUUUUAUAAAUUAAUAUAUUUUUUUAUUUUCUUCACAGGUCAGUGCCAGAGACCUUUAUGUUUUCUGUUCUCCUGUCUUCUUUCAUAACAUCACGUUGUCUUUUUAUACUUGGUCCAAACUUUCAUGCAUGGGUUCGUGUCUUCAGUAGAGAUGGGUAUGUCUUACCAGUUUUAUUUUUUCCCCCACUCUAUGUAGAGUAUAAAAUGCGAUUGGAUGUCCCAUUAUAGCCCAGUAUUAUACUAGUGUACAAAACUAUAUAGUAUGCUAUAUGUCUACUGCCAAAGGUCAAAAUAAAUGUGAAAUUCACUUUGAAUUAUCUAAAUUCACAUUUUGUUAAAUAACCCAGCUGGUGUGAAAUCUUUUAUUAAUGAGAGUUAAGGAAAACUCACCAGCUCUGCAGUUUAUAUCUGAAAUGUAUUUAUUGUAUGGGGCUGGAGGAAACAUUUAUUGACCAAUAUCCAUAACUGUUUUACUUUGGACCUUUGCAGGGCAAUGUGUGUCUGGGAUCACAGUCUGCAAAUCACAACCCUAGGUAGUGUAUUGGGCGCCUGGUUUGGAGCAUUCCCUAUACCAUUGGACUGGGAGAGACCAUGGCAGGUUAGUUACCUUUUACAAGGUGCUGGAAAAUUUUUGCUUAUUUAACAUUUUUGCCAUUGAAAAGAACACCACAGACCAAGGGCACCAAGCACAACAUAACGCGUGAUAGGUUUUAGUCUCAUGGCUAUGAUGUGGUUCUCUACGCUCAGAUCUAAAAAAUAAUGUUUUGCAGCUUUCUGGAGUGUAACUUUGCCCUCAUAGCCACCCCCCUUUUCAUAUAUACUCCACUCAGCCAAUGAGAGAUCAGUGUGAGCUGAGCUGCCUACCACAGCCAAUUAAAGGGACACUCCAGGCACCCAGACCACUUCUGCCCAUUGUAGUGGUCUGGGUGCCAACUCCCACUACCCUUAACCCUGCAACUGUAAGUUUUUUAUAAAUUGCAAUAAUUACUUUGCAGGGUUAACUCCUCCUCUAGUGACUGUCUACUAGACAGCCACUAGAGGGCACUUCCUAUAGCGUCGCUGGACAUCCUCACGCUUUGUGAGGACCUCCAGCGUCACUCAAUUCCCCAUAGGAAAGCAUUAAAAAGCAUUUUCAAUGCUUUCCUAUGGAGAGCUCUAAUGUGCAUGCUUGCGCAUUAGGUCUCCUCAGCUGGCGGGCAGGAUCAGUCAAGUGACUGAAGGGACAUCAGCGGGGGUCUCAGGCAAGUGACUGAAGGGGUUUUAACUCCUUCAGCAACGUGGGAGGGAGAGGGGACCUGCAGUGCCAGGAAAACGGAUUGUGCUCUCUUAUAAUUUGCCACCUUUGAUCAUAGGGCAAUAUAUUAUGCAGAUAAAACAAGGAUAUUAAUUGGCUAUGAGUGAAGACUCAACUGCUCAGCUCACACCUGAAAGAAAGCUAGAUUUUAUUUAUUUUGGAUUUUUUUUUUUUUCUCUAAGAGAUUUGAACAGAGACUAAAACCAAAGCAUAAACAUUAUGACAAAACCAAAUGCACUUAAGUUGUGUUGGUUCCCAGAGCAGCUUUUCCCAUAUACCUCUACCUGUAACAUUGAAUAAUUAAAAAACUGGUGUUUAGCUAGCACUCUUAUGCUGGAUUUUGACUGACUGUGCCCCAUUAGCAUGUCAGCUGUUAUACAAGAUAUGAUGGGAACAGUAUACAUUGAAUGUCAUGCUCUCACAUUCCACUGAUUGCAUGUAUUGUUCGGAGGUUUAAAUAACCUGAAUAAAAAUCUAUAGAACUAUACGUGUUUUUUUAAAUAAACUUUUUUUCAUAAUAUUUUAGCAGUCCCCUUUUGUCAUGAGUCUAGACAUAGGUGUUCCUACAAUUUAGACAUACUUCUGCUUAACACCACAUAAAGGCCUUAAAAAAUACUGACUUCUAGAUAGCGGUGUCCCAAACCCUGAAAAUAAAAUUACUGGAAGGAAAGAGAAGUGGUCAGUUUUAGCUUAGUUUUACUUUUUGAUUGUCUGUGAUUCUCACUUUACAAACAGAUUACUCUUUAUACUGAAGCCAGCUGCUAUAUCAGAAAUCUCUUAAAGGGGAACUGUCAUUUAUCAUGACUUUUUACUUAUACUGCAUAUUUAACAAAUAUGUAUUUAUGGGGCGUGAGAAGCAAAAUGCAAUGUAGAAUUCAGCACCUCCAUAUCCUGCAAUUUAGCUCCUUAUUAUCUAAUGUGUGCUUUGCACCUGGCAGUCUGUGUAUAGAAAGCAUACAGAGAAGAGAUGCAAUUGAUUUAUAAAUAGUGACACAACUGUUUUCACACCAACAAUGUAUUGCAUUUUCUGUUUGUGCCAAUAUUUUCCUGCAGCUGUGCCACAUUGAUCCUGUUGGCACCCUUCCCAACAGUUUUGUCCCACACCUAAUUUUUUGUAUUUUUUUUUAAAAGUGUCAGCUGAGAAGUCAAACCGUUUCUGAACAAUAGGGGGGCUGGAGGGGGGCACUACAGUCACCACAACAACAAGCUUUAGUGCUUAUGGUGUUUGGAGUGACUAUUUAUAAAACAUAGCUGAAUUAAGUUGUUUUAGUUCUUCUUUCUCCAAAUGGUGUAAUUUCCAGAUAAGUGGCAGCCCCCCCUUGAGUGAUCCUACUGUAAAACUGUUACAUAGUCAAUUCCUGAAAAGAAAUGCAGAUAGCUUUAUUAUUUGUUUAUUUCUAUCUUUGUACAUGGUUCUGAGACAUUGGAAAUAUUUUUAAAAUGGUUUAACUAGAUUGUGAUUUAGCAACUGAAAAAAAUCAGUCCAGAAUAGCAAAGGUACUAAAAAAGAAAUCCACCAAAUGAAAGCUAACUCUCAUUUUGGCCUAAUUUGAGUGACUUAGGUGAGGGACUUUAAUUGUGAACUGCUUGCCAGUUUGCUGUAUAGUUGAUGGCUUUCAUUUCCUUUUUCCCCCUCUCAGUGUUUUUAUUUUAAAGUCAGCAAUUCAGCAGAACGAGAACCCACACCUUCCCUAUUUAGCUGGGGAAAAACCCCAGAAAGUCAUGUUUUUCUUUUGCACUGGGAAUUGCUACUAACAGUGCUCAGUGCUUCAUUUGUCAUACAGACAGGCAUCAGCCUAAAACGUGGUUAUUUUUUCACUUUAAGUACUUGUAGUGUUUAUAAUGCUAGGUGUAUUUUUGGCUGAAUCACACCUGCCUUCUGCUGACAUUUAUUGGCUGACAUUUAUUGGCUGAGAACAUCAACUGAGCACUCUUAGUCAACUAAUGUGUGUAUGUACAAUAUGCACAGAAUUCACAUUAGCCAACCUGGAACUGUUGUUCUUUGCUGGCUAAUGACACUGCAGGAGAUAAAGUUACACCUACAGCAACAAUAUAAAAUGUCUACGUGCAGCCUUUUAUACUACUUAUUCAGCGUCCUUGCACCAUGACCACUUCAAAACACUUGCGUGAUUAUGGUGCUGGGAAUAAGCUUUUUGAUCAUUUUUGGGGGGGGGGGGUCAUUUGUUCUAAGCCUAUGUAAUUAUAUUUUUAUUAGUUUAAUUGCUCUUAAGAGAGAAGUGCCACCAUCAAAACAAAAUGGUACUAUAUGACCACCUCAGUGUUUUUGUUACACUGUAAGGUCUUGCUAACAUGGAAAACUGAAGCGCAUUGGCAUUUUCAUGUUGUAGAGUGGCUUUUGCCGUGCUUCCAUAUGUGAAGGGGCAGUGCAUAGUUCUCCAACCUAAAAGUACAUCUUAAAAACAGAGGAAUACAUUGUUGUCGCUAUUAACACCUUUGGGAUAGGGAACUUUGUUAAACAGUUUGCGGUGGUGGUGUGUGUGUGUGUAUUGUAUAAUAAAUUAAUAAUAAUGUUGUUAAUGCAAGUGCUGUAAUAUUGAAUGAAGAAGCUAUAUAGGUUUGUAAAGGGUUUAUGUAGUUUUACCUCCAUUAAAAAGAAAAAGAUAUUUGUGUGUGGCAUAUAAAAAAACCUUGAGAAAACACAUAUCUAGGUGGCUGUGUGUUUUUAUCCUAAAUAUUGCACUACAUAUUACUCACACCGCAGCAUCUCUGAACCAACCCCCAAAUAUACUAGGUUCCUUCUGUGCACAGCUCAUAUACAACCCAUGCAUAUGAGCAACUACCUCUUCUUUACAUUUCAACAAAUGUUAAUAUAAAAUGCACAUCGAAUUAUACCUUCAACUUAAAACCACAGUCAUUUUUUUUCUCUGUCUUUAAUAUAAAAUGCCAUAAUAACUAUGUUACCUGGUUAUACAAGAAUAGAAAAGUAUUAUAGCAUGUAUUUCAGUGGGUUAGGAUUUUACAACAUGCAGUUACCUAAAAACGCUGCCAUAGAAAAAGCCACAUGGGAGAAAAUACUACAAGAAAAAUAAAGGUUUAUACUCCACUGUUUCAGCAAGUGUCAAACAUUCCUCAGCCAUUUAUCAUAUCUGUAUCCAGUCCCAUACUUAAAAACAUUUUUGUUUGUUAGGUACCGUUAAUAGUGCAUUCCAUGUCUCUGAUUCUCCCAAAAUAACCCAUUCAGGAGACAAGCGAUGUGCAAAGCAUUUCGUAAAGAGCCGUUGCAUUAGAAAGCAAGAGGUCAGGUUUAAAAGUCCAUUUUUUUUUUUUUGCCAAGCUUCCAUCAUUUUUCCAUGGGUAAUGUAGAGAAAUUAUUUUACAGAGAGUGUUUGUUUUUCAGAGGAAAUGACAAUCUAACACAAGUAAUUCAUCUUGAGAUAAUCAUAGGACUAUUCUUUAGAGUUAAACAUAAGUGGGAAUUUGCAGAAUUUUAUCUAGGUUUGAAAAGCUUAUUUUAGAGCCUUUUGGUGUUUAGUAAUGCAGACUAACAACCACUAAACCCAUACCAGUUCUUCAGCACCCUUUGCAACUAGUCCAGAACUGGUUAUUUUACGUCCCAAGGCAAAGGGGGGGUCUUGAGAUAAGUGAAUCACAAAUAAGCAAUAAUGCUUUCAAAAGCAGAAAAGAUAUAAAAUAAAAAGCUCUACAGUUUAGUAUUAGCCUCUAGUAUUCAUUUGUCUUAGCUCUCGACUUCAGAGAUCACAUAAUCAUUCUAUCUUCUGCAAGUAACCUCAGUUUGCUAAUAAAAACACUAUUUUGAGAUCUUAAUUCUUCACAAUAAUGUUCAGCCCCAAAUUUAGAUGAAACUGUGAACAUUGCUUAAAUUUUAAAACGUACCUGUCAUGGAUCACACAUCUUGGUUUUAAAUGAACAGGGAUUCAAUUUUAUCUAUACAUAAAGUUGUGUAUGUACAGGUCCCUUCCUUCACCUGUCAAUCAGUUACUGAGAUAGCAAUCUGUGUAGAGAAUUGAGUGUGAGGGGAAAGCAGAACCUUCAAAACAACCGCAGCUUUCUGACGCUGUUGCGCUGGCAUGAAGUCUUGAUUUUGGCUGAAUGGGGAGCUGCUCUCUGCUUGGCCAGUUAGGUGGGAGGGUAGAGGGAUGAUGGUAGGAAUGCAACACCCACAAACCCAAUGUGUUGGAGGUGUAACACUGGACAGGUGGCAAGUAUUUAAUCAGUCAUUACAAUUAUAUACAGCACAGUUGGUAAGUAGAUACGAUCUCUUAAGGCAAUAAAAUAUAUUAUUUGUUUUAUGAUAUAUUAAAAUAUUAAGGAGAGUUUAGAAUUAAAAGGGAACUGGCCGUGCCCAUGUAUGAAUUUCGGAAGUAAGGCCCCAGGACUGAUAUAGCAUAUUCUAAUUCAUGAUCAUUUCACAUUGCACAUGGAAGUGAUGUGGAGUUAAGUAUGUUAUGUACUACUUUCCACUACAAAAGCACGUUACAUUCAUUGGGAAUGAGGAAAUGUUACAUUUGAUUCCUCUUAAAUUAAGAGUGUCAGUUCUACUUGCAUUAAUACACUGCUAAAUUUCUAAGCGGACUCCCGGGUUUUUAAAGAGAUUCUGAAAUCGACAAAGCAAGUGGAUGACAAGGCAUCAUUCAGGUCAGUAUGACGAAGUUGCACAUACAUAUACAAUGAAUUUUCCAGAGGACUUAUUGAUUCAAAGAAAUGCUGACUUCCAUUUGUCUGCCACUGUGGAUGCAAGUGCACAAUAUUUAUCUGAAUAUUCAAUAUUUGGUUAGCAUAAUGAAGAGGACAAAAUGUGGGGCUAUAUAGGACUGUAGUGUAACACUUGUCAUGACAGAGUGCUUUUUAAUAUACAUAGCUAAAAUCCUCAUCAUCUAUAACAUCAUGGACCACGAUAUCAUGUGCAGCAUCGCACUAUUCUUAUUACCAAGCUUCAUGCUUGGCAUUCUGGGAUUACACAGGUGUACAUUAUUAUUAUUGUUGUUAUUAUUAUUGGCAUUUACAUAGAACCACCUUAUUCCGCUGCGCUUUACAAUAUCAUAAAGGAGGAAAUGUAACAAUAAAUUAACCCCUUAAGCACACAGCUUUAGAAGUAAAAGGCCAACAUGGUGAAAAAUUUCCAUCAUGUGUCCUUAAGGGAUUAAAAAAUGUUACAGGAACAAUAAGUUGCAGAGGACCCUCCUCAAAUGAGCUUACUAUCUAGAGUACACGUACCUUCUUAAUUUUGUAUCAAAUAAAGUGAUAUCCAUUACAUCUUAAUCUAGAAGUAAAUCAAAUAUAUAUAUAUAUAUAUAUAGUAUCAAUCUGACUACUAUAAUGCAUAGAUGAUAUAUAAUAUUGUUAAUAUAGCGCCAACCUAUUCUGUAGCGCGUUACAAUGAGGGAAAUAAAAACAUGGCAAACAAAUCAAAACAUCAACAAAUGCUAACUUUAACUAAAAUGAUAUUCUGAUUGUGUGGAAUAUUAAGUCUUCUUUGGAUCUGUAUUAAAAAUGUUACCAGGCCUCAUUCGAGACAAAUCACUGGCAAGUGUAUAAAUUAAAGGAUGUCUUAAGUGUGCAUCAUUUCAGCCUACAGUGGACUAUGAUUCAGCAGAUUCAUCCCACAGUUGUUCUCAUCGCCAAGAGACAGAUGUUGAAACAUAAUUGUGAAAUACGUUUUGUGCUAUCAAAACUGCUGUCUAGUCAUAUGGAUAUGACCUAAGCACCUCCGGAACAAUCUCAGAGUGAUAGUAAUUUCGUUCUUUAAUUAUGUGCUGUCAACUUUUCUUUAGCCAGCAUUAAAUUUACAUUCAAAAGGAUAUAUGUCAGCGUUCGUGGCCCAUUUCUGAAUGCACUGCAUCCUCGUGAAAUACUCUAGUGACAUGUGACAUGUCUGCUCUACUUGACAGACCUGGUUUGGCAAAUUUGAUCUAUACUGUGAUUUCAUGAUCAAUCGUUAGCUUUUUGCAGAUUGUUAGCUUUUUGCAGCUAUGUCUAGUCUACAAAACCUCAAUUGGCUAAGGAUGAUGGGAAUUGCAUUCCUGUCCAUAUUGGAAGCCAGUGGUCACCCAGUCCUGUCUUAAACUUAUAGUUUUCAUAUUGUACUGCAUUUGUAUCUCUAAAACAGGCUUUAAAGUGUGGAUAUGUUAAUUGAGUUAGGUUAAUGCCUGUGUGGCAUUUUUGGUUAAUAGUGCAUUUGUAUAUUAUGGCAGAUAGGUGUUUAUCUGCAUGUUUACUACAUUCUAUAAAUAAAACAUGGAUUAAAAUAUGCAUUCUGUGGUUUGCAUCUUCAGAAAAAAACAUUUAGAUAUAUAAAACAAAAAGUGAUAUAAUUUGAGUGCUCAAGGCACAGAAACAUGUUAUAGAGGCUUUUGAUGACCUCAUUAACUGGAAAGUUUACCAUUUACUUAAUAAAUGCCAUAUCAUACCAGAGAAAUAGGCAUGAUCCAUAAGGGGGGAGGUUAAAGUUAUAUAUAUCAUUAUUUUGCACCUAAAUUUUGUCUGUAGUAAAUAAGAAAGUGAGCUUCAAAUAAGAGGUUGACUAAUAAACUAAAGGUGUCUAAAGCAUAUAGCAUAAAGACAGUGUAAGCAUCCUUGCCACUUUAGUUCGUUUAAGUGGUUGUGGUGCAAUAUGGCAUAAAGACCGUGUAAGCAUCCUUGCCACUAUAGUUCGUUUUAGUGGUUGUGGUGCAGAAAGCCUUUAAGUGCAAGACAGCAGUGUUUUUGAAAAACCACAUUGAGAGGCCAGGUUUUUGGUACCCCGAAAGCCCUGGAGGGACUAGACCUAAAGACUCCAUCUACCACAACCUCUUCAAUAAGCAAGUAUUGGUUGUGGUGCUUAAUGUCCCUUUAACAAAUGUGUUUUCUGUCUUGUAUUUCUUCCAUAUGUUGUUUGGAAAAUAAGCAUGCAAUAGGGGGAAAAUGCUACUCGUAUAGACAAACAGAAAAAAACAAAAAAGCCAUCUUAUCUACACCCAAGGAACAUUUUCUACUUACCACUUGUCCAACUCCUCUUACAUACAGAAUGCUCUUUUUUUUUUUUAGUAAAUAAUCACAUAAGGAGGUGUAAGCAUUGUAAAAAAAAUUCUACACUUCCAAAUGCAAAAUAAGUCAUUUGUUCCAUACAUUAUUUCUGUUUAUUUUCUUCCCUCAUAUGUCCCGUUUUCUAGUUCUUGUCCUAUAUGAAUGAUAUAUUUUUUUCCAUAGUACUUCUUGAGGUUCCGAGCUGGUCAUCUUAAUUAGUCAUGCAUAAAGCCAACCUGUCUAUUUUUUUAACCCAACGGGUGAGUAGGAAGAAAAUACAAAAGUACGUCCUUUAAUUUGUACACUCGCUAGCGAUAUUGAGAUAUAUAGCUACCAGAAUGUGAAACUGUCGUCCUUAUGAUAUGUGUAUAGCUUGUGCACUUUAAGAAAGAGUCAUGUCAGCAUUUUCACAAUCUCUAUUUCACAGGCUGUAAUCUAUCAGUUAACGUUUUAUUUUUUAUAUUUAUUUAAUGUGUAAGUACUAUUGUAGAGUUAAAGUUUGUAGUAACCCGCGUAGCUUGAUGCUGAAGGGUUUUGUUUUGCGUAUGUCCUGCUUGUAACAUAUGGACUGUGAUCAGCAGCAAAGCACUGCUGUCAACAAAUUUUAAUACUUUAAUAACUUUGCAAGUGUACAUGCCAACCAUCUGGGAAUAGCUUACAAAAUAAAACCGUCCAAAUGAUUGCAUUACUUUUUCUAUAUGCCAGAUUCACUUUAAGGGGACAGAGAUUGAAGAGAUUACGGAGAAGCAGUUUACAAAAUCCAUUCUUAUGAAUUCAUUAAAACCUGUGUGUCGGAAAGGUGUCUUGUUCAGUUUUCUAUCCGAAUUGUAGCUGCUAACCUCUAUCUGCAUUGGCAUCAUUAUCUGGGCUGGAAUGAAAAAGGCACCAAUUAUAACUUUCAUUCUAUACCCUUGACUUGCUGAGGUCUAAAAAUGGCAAAUUUCCCAAAUCAGGAUACAAAAUAAGUAAAUGAUUUUAUAGGCAGGUAUUGAAUUUAUCAGUAAUUUGUUUAAGGUGCUGCAGUAUAUAGUUUUCUCACUAAUCAUAGAUUCCUGAAUGUGAAGGGGGGGGAGGAAAUAAAAAAACGCAACCUUUGGCACUAGUAAAUGUAAUUUUGAUACACUCUCUCCCUCUGAAGAAUGCAUUGCGAAAUAUCUGAAAAUAAGAAAGGAGUACUUUCGCUAACCUGUACUUUGUAGAAAAUAGACAAGUGAGUUGCAAAUCUCAGGUCACAUAAAGCCAAACUGGAAAAUGAUUACACUCUGGCUGUUUUUACCUUCACCUUGCAAUUCCCUUGUCAAAUCUCCACAAUUUGUGCUUAAUUAUAAUGAUCCCCAAGUGAACAAUUUUGUACCACAUCUCAAAUGCUUUCUUUGUGCCAGUUGACACCAUGUUUGUGUAGAAAGUGGUUCCUCUUUUUGGAUAAAAAAAACUGUUGGAUAAUUGAAGCUAUGGGGAUUCCGGAAGGAGCACUGAAUCCCUUAUACCAUAACUAACUGGGUAAAAAGAUUCUUGAAGAUGAGAUCUAUAUGUGUUUCAAUGCAAUGAUAAAUAGGUGGUUAUAGGGAGGUGACAAUAUUUCCCGUUUACUGUACAGUAACAAGGUCUCCCUCUACACAUUACUGUGCUUGUAUAUAUUAAAAUGCUUUGAAUAUUCUUACACUCUUCAUUUUGCUUCUACCAUUUUCUUACACAAACAUUCCAUGUGCUUAUUAGGACCAUUUCACUAUUUUGUUGUUGUUUAGGUUUGGCCAAUUUCCUGUUCUCUUGGAGCUACGAUGGGGUACGCAGCUGGCCUCCUUUUUGGCCCUUUGUGGAUUUAUUGGAACAGGAAGAAACUGACAUACAAGAACAGGUAGAAGUUAAAUCGACUGUUUGUGCCAAUUCCACCAGAAACAUGAAUGCGUCCCAUGUUGGAGCAUUGACAUCACAUUGGAGAGAUCAAGUUCGGAUGGUUUGUAGAAAGUUGUCCGUGUGCCGCAGCCCCGUGAGACAUGGGACAGUUGUAGCUUGUAAAACCCUGAGGAAACUAUUUUUACUUUCAAAGACAACGUGGAUCAAAUAUUAUUUUCUUUGAAAUGCUUUCACUUUGGAAAUUGUGGUGUUUAAAAAGCAGAUCAAUAAAAUAUUUAUGCAGCUGUGGUGAAGGUUUCAUGUGCAGCAAUAGACAAGAUGUCAUGUCUUCUCACAGUAGAGCAGGUCAUGCAUGUUCAUGUUUCACGUGAUGAGACAGCAGUUAAUACAUCGUGAUCCUAUCCUUUUUUUCAUGGGGUUUUUCUUUGGAGUUAAGAUCGCAAUAAUGGACUCAUCAAAAACAGCCUUCAGUCCUUUUUGUGUUAAGGCAGAGCACUCAACAUAGCAGCAUGCCCCGAUCUGUAAACCAAAAACCAGCCUGUUAAUUUGUAUUUAGAAAAAAUAAUAGCAAUUUUUAUUUUAUUAGAGGUUGGAAAAGUUUCCAUUGCUUUGGAGAUACAGGACCCCGAUUACAGAAUAGUUUAAAUUCAAUCCUUAAAAGGUGCACUGCAGGUAUUGUAACCAUUUCAUCUCAUUGAAUUUGUUAUAGUACCUGGAGUUCCCUCGCACUGUCCCUCCAUUCAGUGUUAAAAUAUUUUCCAGCAGUUUAACAUUAAAUAAGCAUUCCUACCACAGGUCCCUACUGGAAGGUAUGGCUAAGGCAGAGAUUGCACACUUCCUUUUAGCCAUACCGAUUGAUACCAGCAACGGCGACUAUGACAGCUGACACUCUCAUGAGCUGCUCAGGCCAAUGCUUCCUUUAGAAGCCCAAGUGUCAUAGAAAGGAUGGGCUUCUAAGACUCUCGUUUAGCAUUAAAAACUGCUUAACACUGAAUGGAGCUGAAACAUCAAAUGAAAAGGUAUAUGUUUCUCUGAAUACUACUAAAUGCAUGAUAUUUAGAAAUGCUUCAAAAUGUAUUAUGCAGUAAAUGAAAACUUGGAGGACCAUAUGAACUUUUUAAAUAAGUGCUUUGUAUAAAUAUAAAAAACAAUUAUUA